UGUUUUCUUUUAAAUGUAUUAUUUGACAAGUUAUUUUUUAAUCGCCAUACUUUUUUAUAUCGAGUAUCAUUACGAGUAUUCCCGCAUAACAACUACUAUUCAGAUCUCUGGUGAUGACGGAGGAUCGACUCGCUUCUUAGUUCUUUCUUGUCUGUUGUCUUUGGUUGUGUCUCCUUGUUGGGAAAUAUUUGUUCCUAUAGCAACCAUAGGUACUGUAGCACCCUGGAUAGGCAUCAGUUGCAUGAUGGUUGCUAUGAUACUGUUGAGAUGGACCAUGUUAGCCAAUCCUUUUUAUUUGCGUGCCAUGGCAACUACAGACGAUCAACUCAUAUGUACCAAUGGACCCUAUCGAUACAUCCGUCACCCUGGUUAUUUGAGUUUCUUAUUAGGCUGGAUAGGAUUUGGAUUGACUGUCAAUAACUGGAUUGCACUCUUGAUGAUCUUUGUCUUGUUUACUGUAGUAUAUAAGAUACGUAUUCAGGCCGAAGAACAAAUGAUGUUGGAUCGAUUUGGAGCAGGCUAUCAACAUUACAUGGAUGAGACAUUGUCUUUUUAGACUCUAAUUUCAAUCUCCAAUCAUGAAUAAAAUAAACAAGAUUAAAAUGGAUAUAUGAUAUCAUUGACAU